AUGAUUUGUUUACAUUCGCAAGAUCAUAUCAUUUCGCAACCUCUUACUGGUGUUGGGAAUGCGAAGUUGGAGGGUUUGCGAGAUCAAUUUCCGCUGUUUCUCACUGGCAUCGAAUUGGCUUAUUUUGAACUUUUGCAAGAUCAACUGGCAACUUGUCGCUAG